CCAGCCACACACACACACACACUGAUCCAAUAUUACUCCAUCCAUCGGGCAGGAGCUCGCCGCGGAAGAGCGCGCGAGCAUGGUGGCGGCCAAGAUGGCCGUCGUCCUCCUCCUGGCCGUGGCGUGGCUCUUUGCCGCGGCGGGGGCAGCCAAGGAUGAAGCCCAGUGCGGGCAGUGCUACACCUCCUGCGUGCGCAAGUGCGAGAAAGACGACGACGACGACUCCAUCCGCGCCAUCAACCGCACUCGGCCCGCCGUCAGCAAAACCCAUGGGGCAGUCACCCACUUGACCGGCGACGGCGAUACGCCGGCCACCGUCGGCUCGGCCGAUCGCCCUCUAGCCGCUGCCACGAAAACUGUCACGCCCUACGACGACAGCUACGACGACAAAGACGACGACGACAAGGAUGACAAGGACGACAAGGAUGACAAAGACGAUGACGACAAGGACGACGACGAUGACGACGACAACGACGAUGAUGACCACGAUGAUGAUGACGACGACGAUGACGAUGACGAGUGCAAGACGACGUGCGUGGUGAACUGCUACCAGGACCUGCCGCCGGUGUGCUACAAGAUGUGCGUCGUGGAGACCUGCCUCACCGUGCCCCCAUACAAACGGGCGGGUUGCUACAGCAGCUGCGCGCACAAAUGCUACCAUCGCCACCACGGCCACAAGCAUAAGCACAAGCCAAAGCCGAAGCCCUCACCAAAGCCGCCCACGCCAAAACCGACGCCUGCGCCGCCAAAGAAGCCGCUGAAGCCCAAGCCCAAGCCCAAGCCCCAGCCCCAGCCCAAGCCCAAGUGCCCGUGCGCACCGAAGCCGGCCCUGCCCAAGCCUAAGCCGCCGUGCGCACCAAAGCCGGCGCCGCCCAAGCCCAAGCCCCCGUGCCCGCCAAUGAAGAACGUGCCGGCAUUGGCCAACACCACCAACAACUGAUGGAGAGCAGAGUUUAAUUGCUAUACAAAUACAUGAAUAUAUAUAUAUAUAUAUAUAGAUAUAUAUGUAUGUAUGUAUUUAUGUAGAGAUUAUGCUAUGGAUGAACAAGAAAUUGAUCCGUAAUGUAUACGGGCUGGUAUAUAUUGUAUAGCAGAUCACACACAGGUAUAUUAAAUCAUGUGUUACUAAAUCCGGUAUUCUGUAUCUACGUAUAGUAUGCACGGUGUAAUGAUCUUAAUUAGGGAAUACAUACGCACUAAUCUCCCACAUAUUCUGUCUUAAAAUGUCACGGUGCCUAUGUUGUUCGUUA